CAAUUUUCAUCGCCGUUCCUUUGACCGGCAUACCGAAAAAGAGAGAACCCCAUAAUCUGAUUCGGCAGCGAGCGGCGUAUAACCUAAUCAAAUAAUCAGAAUUCGCCACUGACCAGACCAAACAAAGGAAAACUCCAGACAAAUGUUUUCAAUUGUGGGCGUUUUGCGGCCCCUGGGAUUGGCGCUGGUUCUUCUGGGACUUGUGUCUCCUAUCGCUGGAGUUGGAUUCCGGCGUGGUCGGUUAAGCAAUGGUUUCUUGGGAGAGCCCAGCAAAGUAGCCACGCUCCAGAGAUCCCUGGAAUCGGAGGAUCUUUGGUUCGAGCAGCGUCUGGAUCACUUCAAGCCCAGCGACACGCGCUCCUGGAAGCAGAGAUACUACCUUAAUGCGGAUCACUACCGGAAUGACAGCACUGCUCCCAUAUUCCUGAUGAUCGGCGGCGAAGGCGAAGCCACGGCGAAGUGGAUGCGGGAGGGUGCCUGGGUGCACUACGCCGAGCACUUUGGAGCCCUGUGCUUCCAGCUGGAGCACCGCUUCUACGGCAAGAGUCAUCCAACCGGAGAUCUGUCCACUGCAAACCUGGCGUAUCUGAGUUCCGAACAGGCACUGGCGGAUCUGGCCAAUUUUGUGUCUGCCAUGAAGGUGAAGUUCAAUCUGGCGGAGAGUCAGAAGUGGGUCGCCUUCGGUGGCUCAUACCCUGGAUCGCUGGCUGCCUGGGCUAGGGAGAAGUAUCCACAUCUCAUCUACGGGUCCAUCAGUUCCAGUGGCCCCUUGUUGGCCGAGGUGGACUUCAAAGAGUACUUCGAGGUGGUGAAGGCCUCUCUAGCUUCCUAUAAGCCCGAUUGUGUGGAGGCAGUUACCCGGAGCUUUGCUCAGGUGGAGAUUCUACUGAAGCACAUGAUUGGUCAGCGCAAUCUGGAUGAAAAGUUCAAAACUUGCACUCCCAUCAAGGACGCAAUUGAGAACCCACUGGACAUUGCCAACUUCUUUGAGAAUCUGGCUGGCAACUUUGCAGGCGUGGUCCAGUACAACAAGGAUAAUAGUCCUCAUGCCACCAUAACCAUUGAUGACAUCUGCGAUGUGAUGCUCAACACCACCAUUGGACCCCCAGUUACCCGGCUGGGAGUGGUGAAUGGCAUGUUGCUGAAGGAAUCCAACACCACCUGCUUGGACUACAAGUACGACAAGAUGGUGGCAGAUAUGAAGAAUGUGUCCUGGGACUCUGAAACCGCCAAGGGAAUGCGUCAGUGGACCUACCAGACCUGCAACGAGUUCGGCUUCUACCAGACAUCCGAGAACAAGAGCGACACCUUCGGUGAUCGUUUCGGCGUCGACUUCUUCAUUCGCCAAUGCAUGGACGUGUUCUCCGAGAGCAUGGACGCCAAGUACUUGCAGCAGGCGGUGGCACAGACGAACAAGCACUACGGUGCCCUCAAGCCGGAGACCACAAACGUGCUCUAUGUGCACGGCUCCAUAGAUCCCUGGCACGCUCUGGGACUGGUGAAGUCGGCGAACUCAGCCACUCCCACAAUCUACAUAGAUGGAACUGCGCAUUGUGCCAAUAUGUACGAGCCAGCGAAAUCUGAUCCCCCGCAGCUGGUGGCAGCCCGGAAUAAAAUAACCAAAUACCUCGCCAAGCUUUUGGAGGGCUACACCUCAACCCCGUACUGAAAUGGAAACCCCAGACGAGUGGAGGAACCUAAAGAUGACCCGUCAGCAUGGUCAAUCACGUGAACACACGAAAUUCGUCAGCGAGUUUAUUGGAUUUCUUUUCGUAGUUGCAAUGUCUUGCAUUUUACAUUAAAAGUACAUCGCUGGAAUAAAAAAUCAAUCCUU